AAAUAGUGUAUUUUGUGUUUUGGAGGUUAUUGUCGUGUUAUUUAUAUAAAAGAAAAUGGCAAUCGUCAAGCGUCACAUUAUCGGUCGGCGUACGCGUAAUGCAAGUCGAGUGCAUAAUCUUCGAAACAAUGAACAGCGCAGGCAGCGUUUGGUGGCAAACAGAGUGCGAAUUUCUACAACAAUUACGGAAGAACCUAUACCAUCGACUUCAGGCAGGAGGCAACAAAGCAGACGAUCAACCGGUGCAAUUAAUUAUGAACGUUUGGCGUUUAGAUAUGAACCAACAGUCGAUUACGCCGGCGACGAAUCAGUCAAUAUUGGGACAAUGACUUAUAUUUGUCAAUAUUGUAAUGCCUUAAAGUUUCUACUAGAACCGUCAGGAUUAUGUUGUGCGAAUGGAAAGGUCAAAUUACCACAACUAACAACACCACCUGAACCGCUGAAUUCAUCACUUUUAGGACACGAACCUCUAUCAAAGCAUUUCUUGCAGAAUAUUCAAAAUGUACCUAUGUAUUUGUAGAUAUGUAUGUAGAAUAAUUCUGUUAGUUUGAGUCACAUCUUGCAAGUUAAAUUUGAUCUACUUUCCGUUAUCCAAACAACCUAUAAAUUGGCAUAUGUAUGAAAGUCAGGUGACAAUACUGUAUUAUUGCAAGAAACGCGCUG